AUGCCGCGUAUAAAGACGAGAAGAUCCAAGCCUGCACCUGACGGGUUCGAAAAAAUCAAGCCAACCCUCACAGAUUUCGAAAUCCAACUCAGAGAUGCGCAAAAAGACAAGUCGUCUAAGCUCGCAGCAAAGGCCACUGAACAGCUCUGGGAGAUAAUGCAACUUCACCACCAGCGCUCUAGAUACAUAUAUACUCUGUACUACAAGAGAAAGGCCAUCUCUAAAGACCUUUACGACUGGUUGGUGAAGGAAAAGUACGCAGAUAGAUUACUUAUUGCCAAAUGGCGCAAAACCGGGUAUGAAAAACUGUGCUGUUUACGCUGCAUUCAAAAGAACGAAACUAACAACGGUAGCACUUGCAUCUGCAGGGUGCCUCGCGCACAGUUGGAGGAAGAAGCACGCAAAAAGGACACGCAGGUUUCCUUCCAUCAAUGCGUCCACUGCGGCUGCCGUGGAUGUGCAAGCACAGAUUAA